CAUUCUCUAUGGCUGGGAGAUUUCCAAAGUUUUUUUUGUAUAUCACCCUGUCAUCACAGAAACAUUGAUGAAGAAGUGACUGGCUGCGACUUCAACUGUUUGUUGUUGUAGCUUUCAUUUAUAACCACAUGUUCACAGCAUUUAUCCUACAGAAUGCGUUCCCUUGGACUGUGUAGUUUGAUGUUUCUUGUGAUCGUUGUUUGUUCCACGGAGUUGACGUUUGAGUUACCUGAUAACGACAAGCAAUGUUUCUAUGAAGAGCUCCAGAAUGGAGUGAAGUUUGACCUAGACUUUCAAGUGAUUGCAGGAGGGAACUAUGAUGUGGACUGCUUUGUAACAGAUCCAGUGAACAAUGUCCUGUAUCAGGAGAGGAAGAAGCAGUAUGAUAGCUUCUCUCACACCACCACUAUGAAAGGAACCUACAAGGUCUGCUUCAGCAACGAGUUCUCUACCUUCUCCCACAAGACCGUCUACCUGGACUUCAGGUCCGGAGAGGAGAGACCCCUACUGCCUGACAUGAACAGAGACACAGCCUUAACACAGAUGGAGUCGGCCUGUCUGUCCAUCCAUGAGAUCCUGAAGGUAGUGUCUGACUCUCAGACCUGGUAUCGGUUACGGGAGGCUCAUGACCGCAUCAGAGCAGAGGACCUCCAUGAGCGUGUGUCCUAUUGGUCGAUAGGAGAAACUAUAAUCCUUUUCACUGUCAGCAUUGGACAGGUUCUCAUUCUCAGGAGCUUCUUCAGUGACAAGAAGGGCAGUGUUUCAGCCAACACAUAGAUCCCACCAUUAUUAUAUAUAUAUGAUACAUUCUAUAAAACUGGGUUAGUGUUUCAUUCAACACAAUAUAUUGUAUUAUAGGUCAUCUGCAACUAGACUGUAACCUACCUUCAUACCCCACAACAAACUGUAGUCCUAUACAGUUAUAUUAAAGGACUUCAGGAACUAUUAAAUCUGUCUGGUAUUAAGACUCUAGCUUGUGGACUCUAGCCUCUGAAAAUGAAAUACUGUGGUUGCAACAGCUGUUUAGUGAUUUCAAUCAGAAUAGGUUAGCAACCUAACACACCUGUGGUACACCAAGCCUUUAUUUGUUUUUGUCUCAGUGUACAUCAUUAAUUUGUGCUAUAACAUUAAUUUAUUGUGUGUGUAAAACGUUUUGUUGGUCUGUCUCGCCCUCUCUCUUGUACACAGUCACACACACCAUAACCCCACAAUUUGAUUUCUAUUUCAAAUCCUAUUUUCCCUUUCCUUAACCCCAACCCCUAAGCUUAAAAUAGCCUUUGUCCUUGUGGGGAUGUGGUAAAUGUUCCCACGAGGGAGAAUUUUCCUUGUUUUACUAUCCUUGUGAGGACUUUUGGCAAUUCCUGGGCCACUUGAAGAUAGGGGCGUGUCUUGACUAUCAUUAAAGUCAAUGUCAUAUCAA